AUGGUCUUGCAAAUCUUGCAAGAUGAAGCAAUAUUUGAGUGCAUGUACACAUCAAAGGCCUUUGACCCGGAAGCGGAGCAGAAGCGAAUAGAAGAAAUUGAAGCCCUGUCUGCUAUAAUAUAUGAUGAUGAAUGGUAUGCUAUUGAUGUAGAUGAGAAAAUUUUCUGCAUUCGAGUUAGUGAAUGCUUGGAAGAGCCAAAGUGGACUCUCUGUCUACAGGUGAUCCUGCCACCUGACUAUCCAACAGCUGCUCCACCUAUUUAUCAGCUUAAUGCUCCUUGGCUUCAGGGACAGGAGUAUGCAGAACUAGCAAAUAAUCUUGAAGAAAUCUAUAUACAGAAUCUUGGUGAAAGUAUCCUUUAUUUAUGGGUGGAGAAGAUACGGGAGUUUCUGAUAGAAAAAUCACACCAGUCUUGUGAUUCAGGGCCAGAUGUCAAAAAAAGUAUGGAAGAAACUGAUGUGGAGCAUGAAGAAACUCUGCUGGAUUACCUGCCCUUACAAGAGUGCACCACGUCAACCUUGAAUUUUUAUCUGUCUGAAAGGCAAGAAGGUGAAGAGUUACCUCCAAUUUAUUAUGGAAAUCGAAUUACAGACAGAAGAAGCACUUUCCAGGGGCGUUUAGCACCAGUAGUGAGCCCAAAACAGAAGAUAACAAAUAAAGGACAGGUCCAACACCAUUGGGCCUGA